GGCUGCUUAAAAUAGGUGCAGCACAGACCAACAGCCUUCUAGAGGCGUCUACAGUCAUGUGUGAAAACACCACACACAGCGAGAACGUGAUUUUUGGAAUUCGCCAGUUUUAUCGCACGCAAACGGUCGCUCUCGACGCCAAUCGAUUAGCCAGCACCCAGCCGUAGCGCCUACUGCGACUGACGUGCCAUGGCGACACUGUGGCCUCAACAGCCUCUAUGGCCCACUCUAUCCCGCGAGCACGCUACCCGCCUUAAUGCAUACCUUCACGAAGUACUGAAAUGUAUCAAUCGCACCAAAAGCCAGCCCGUGCCAGCAGACCUUGUGAAGAUCAUCAUCCACAGCGCGCUGACACUCAUACUGAAAUUUCAAAAUACCCCUAAUCUUAGCACGAUAUGCGACGCGCUCUACAUCCUGCAGACAGAAACCAAGGCAACAUCAGAGAAUACCGCAGAGAUACUUAAUGCUGUCAAGACUGAACUCCACAACACCAUAGAGAACAUUCGCACGCUUGGCACAAGCGUGCAACAGAACACAAAUACUGGGGAAGAAACAAGGGCAGCCGCCAAGGAGGCGGUAGAGGUAGGUAAAGCCAACCUGGAGAUGACGAGGCAGAUCAAAAGCACGGGAAUCCAGACAGGUGGCGCGGUUAGCUAUGCUGCGAUGGCAGCUAGGGGAGCGACACUAGCAGGUAUACCCAAUACACAAGUUCCUAGAAUGCCGUUAGUGCAGACACAACGUGAAGUUAUCGUGACUAUCAGAGACCCCAAUACAGUACAGAGCCUACAGGCGAUGAACCCGCGUAACCUCAACGCCCACGUUGAGCGCGCCAUCGCGCAGAGUGGAAACAACAACAUAGCACGCAUCAAGGUACUCUCUUUAAACCAGCUAAAGAGCGGCGAUCUCAGCAUCAAGACAGCUACGAGCAAGGAGGUAGAAGCACUGAAGCAGUUUGCCAACAACUGGGUCCACCGCAUCAGCAACAGGGCCACAAUACGAAUCACCACAUACAGAGUCCUUAUACUACUAGACAACAAACUAUUCAUCCUGCAGGCAGAGAUCAAAUACAUUGGAUGGCUGACCCGCAACGCGCACACGAAAGCUGCCUCCAGCGUCAUCAUAGAGUUCAGCAAGCCAGAGGAUGCCAACAAGAUUAUCAACAAGGGUCUGAUCUGGCAGGGCGAGUGCCUAACCAGGAAGGAAGAGAAGGCAAAAGCAAAGGCCGCAUACGAUAUGCAACCCCACUACCACCCUGUUGCAGAGACACUAGGAAGGAACGUCGCGCAGGAUACAUCAGCCGCCACAGCUCAGAGGAACAGGACAAACCUGGCAACCCAGCGAGGACGCAAGAGGACUAACACAGGUAACACUGUUGACCUAACAGAGCAGGAGAACAUGCCAUCACAAACCACGCAAAGCAGCAGCAGCCAACAACCGCAGAGAAACAUAACGCUCACCUGUAGAGCGCUCAAAGCGAUCGGUCACAUUACACAGCCCACACAGGGUGGUAGCAACCACCACAUGGAAAUCAACUCUAACAGCGAAGCAUGA